AUGGAGGUAAAGGACGUAAAUUGGAGGUCACUAUGGCGUGAGCUUACAAGCAACGGAUGGAAGGCGGGCCCGCCGAGAGGCAUCGAGCAGGAGCACCGCUAUGUUCCCCCAGGUGGAAAUGCGCGCGGUAGGAAGGACAUCAGCACACAAGACUCCGAUGUGACAGGCACCAGGGGCGACGUCGGCCCUGAGGAACUCCAGGUGCUGGAUGUAGUGAUGCCCGUGGACAACGGCGGUGGAGCUGACGCCAUGGAGGACGACAACGAAGCUGAUAUGGCUUUGAGCAACGCUGGCUGUGAUCAAGAGGCGGCACUAAGUGUGGACGAGGAGACCAAGACGGAGGACCAAGAUCAACCACCUCCUCGCACUCCGCGUCGUCCAGUCCCUAGCGUGAGUGCGCUUCCCGAGAUUGGCAUAGUUGGUGAGGACGACGACGGCGGUGACGACGUAGCCGAUGAGCUCGUGCACUCUCUCAACCGGAUGGGGCCUGACGACGACCCCGACGCGUAUGAGGUCUUUGACUCUAGCAAUGAUUCUGACGCUGACGACUUCGACAAGCAGCAAGAGGCUAACGAUGCUCAGCUGAUUGUCGUGGACGGCAACGACGACGAGAGCGACAGGGAGGACGACCCAAUCGGCGAAAAUGGAGCUGGUGAGACACGAUUCAACGAAGGGUUUCUUCGUGCACUUGGUGGCAGCACGGCGUUGGAGUCCGGCGCGCUCAAUAGCGACGUAUUGCGCGAGCUGGGGCUGUCCGGCUACGAGUCUCCUGCAUCUGUUGACGCUCAUCACAUACUCGAGCAACCGUACGUUCCUGCCCAAUGCGGUGGUGAUUACCCUGGCCGCAAAGUCUCGUACUACGGCCCCAGUGCGGCGAUCAAGAAGGUGGGAGAGACGCCGCUAGCGCUAUUCCUGUUCUUUAAGCCGCCGGCCUUGUGGCGCGACAUCGCAGGGGAGUCGAGCCUGUACCAUCUCUCCACAAUCAACAAGCGCGCAGACACAAAGUACACGAAGCAUAAGCGCAAGAACCCGUCGUCCGACAAGACACGCGCUCAAUUCAAGGCUGCUCUUCAGCAGAUUCGGUCCAUUCAAGCCGUUGAGCUUUUACAUAUGGUUGGUCUUCUACUCGCACGCGCCAUUCAGCCCAACAGGGAGCGCAUGAGCCAUCACUGGAGCACGUAUGACGAAGGUGGCAUCUCGCGUGGCUCGUUUGGCAAUUAUGAGAAUGAUGGAAGCAUACCCUCGUCAAAGACUAGCCGCGGUGGUGGAACGUAG